AGGCUCUGGAGAUGAGAAGCAGGAGUCCGUCCCACCAGGAGCCUGCUGCAUUCCUGCAGCUGGAACUUUUCCCAGUCUCUGUCCUCCCCUGGGGCAAGAGAGGUCAAACAAGCUGUUUGGGUGGGAAAAGAGAAUGGAGGAAGUUGACAGAGAUGGGCGGGGCCCGUGGGGGGACUGACCAGGAACCUAGCUUCCUGCUCAGUACCCAGGCAUCCAGCCCCCAGCUCACCCCCACCCUUCCAGCCCCCAUUCCCCCCAGGAACCCAAGGUUCCGGUCCACCUCCCAAGUUCCAGCCACCCCUCCCCCAUCGGUCUCUCCCCAAGUCCAGGGAUGGAGGCAGAAAGACCCCAGGAAGAAGAGGAUGGUGAGCAGGGUCCUCCUCAAGAUGAUCAGGGCUGGCCCCCUGUGAACUCCACCACUCGGCCUUGGCGAUCUGCUCCUCCCUCCCCUCCUCCUCCAGGAACCCGCCACACAGCCCUGGGCCCCCGUUCGGGCUCCCUGCUCUCCCUGCAGACCGAGCUCCUUCUGGACCUGGUGGCUGAGGCCCAGUCCCGACGCCUAGAGGAACAGAGGGCGACCUUCCACGCCCCCAAAGUGCCCCCAAGCCCAGUGCCAACCCCACCCCGGCUUCUUGAGGACAAAGAACAGCUCUACAGCACCAUCCUUAGUCACCAGUGCCAGCGGAUGGAAGCCCAGCGGUCUGAGCCUCCCCUUCCUCCCGGGGGACGGGAGCUCCUGGAGCUGCUGCUGAGGGUUCAGGGUGGAGGUCGAAUGGAGGAGCAAAGAUCCCGGCCCCCUAAACACACCUGCUGAGACCUGAGCUCCCUGCCACCCGGCCCUUCUCUGAGGGGCGCUGACCACUCCCGCAAGUCUGCAGCCCUGUUUGGGAGGGGAACCAGAGACUGGAGACCCGGCUGGCAUAGCAGUCUUUACCACCCACUUUCCCUGGAGCUGGACUUGGGGCGAGUACUCUAAGCUAGAGGAUAAGCAGAGUAGCGGGGACACAGCUCCCCAAGGCAGUUAAGAGUCUGCCCUGAGCUGUCAAGCUACUGAACAGGGCGUGAGGGCGAAGGCCUGUCCCUUCGUGCCUAGUAAAAAAGAAAGAAAAGAUUAAGACAAUUGUCCAGCACUAGCACCCCCGGCCCCAAGGCAGAGGGUCCCAGAAACUGUGACGCGACCCUUAGCCCCGCCCACCCAUCCUGCUGCUGAGUCUGUCUGAUGUUUUGGUUCUAUGAAUAAAUAUAAUUCCCGUCUGGA